AUGGUGGGUGCCAAGGCCGGCCCCAGCCCCGGCACCUCCCUGGGCCUGGCACAGCAGCACAGCGGAGGCAGCAGUGUCCUAGUGAAAAGUCCCUUCUGUGAGGUGUGCUGCUGUGGGCCUGCUCCUUGUGCCAGCUGCUGCCACUCUAGGUGGCCCUCUCUCACCGCAUCCACUUGCAGCCGCCUGUUCUACAUCCUCCUCCAUGUGGGGGCCUCAGCAAUCUGCUGCCUCCUGCUGUCAAGGACAGUAGUGGAAAGGGUGUGGGGCAAGACACACAGGAUCCAGAUGCCCUCGGGGUUGUGUGCCCACCUGUUUGGCCUCUCUGACUGUCCAGUGCUCAGUGGCUCUGGGGCUGUGUACCGAGUAUGUGCAGGAACCGCCACCUUCCACCUGCUGCAGGCUGUGUUGCUAGUCCACCUCCACUCCCCCACCAGCCCGCGGGCACAGCUGCAUAAUAGCUUCUGGCUCCUCAAGCUGCUGUUCCUGUUAGGUCUCUGUGCUAUUGCCUUCUGCAUUCCUGAUGAGCAUCUCUUCCCAGCAUGGCAUUACAUUGGCAUCUGUGGAGGCUUUGCAUUCAUCCUACUGCAGUUGGUGCUUAUUACAGCUUUUGCCCAUUCCUGGAACAAGAACUGGCAGACAGGUGCAGCUCAAGACUGCAGCUGGUUCCUGGCUGUCCUGCUGGCCACCCUAGGAUUCUACAGCAUGGCAGGUGUGGGAGCUGUGCUCCUAUUCCACUACUAUACACACCCAGCUGGCUGCCUGCUUAACAAGAUGCUCCUCAGUCUGCACCUUUGCUUCUGUGGCUUCAUCUCCUUCCUCUCCAUCGCUCCUUGCAUCCGCCUCAAGCAACCCCGCUCUGGCCUCCUACAAGCUUCUGUCAUCAGCUGCUAUAUCAUGUAUCUGACUUUCUCUGCGCUGUCCAGCCGUCCUCCAGAGAGAGUAAUCCUUCAAGGACAGAAUCACACCCUGUGCCUGCCUGGCCUGAGUAAAAUGGAACCCCAAACACCAGAUAUCUCUCUAGCAAUGCUGAGUGCUAGCAUCAUGUAUGCUUGUGUGCUUUUUGCUUGCAAUGAGGCCUCCUACCUGGCUGAGGUAUUUGGACCCCUGUGGAUUGUCAAGGUUUACAGCUAUGAGUUUCAGAAGCCCUCACUGUGUUUCUGCUGCCCUGAAACAGUGGAAGCAGACAAAGGGCAAAGGGGUGGGGCUGCUAGGCCAGCUGACCAAGAAACCCCUCCAGCUCCUGCAGUCCAAGUCCAGCAUCUUUCCUACAACUAUUCUGCCUUCCACUUCGUCUUCUUCCUUGCCUCACUCUAUGUCAUGGUUACCCUUACCAACUGGUUCAGCUAUGAGGAAGCAGAACUGGAAAAGACCUUCAUCAAGGGUAGCUGGGCCACCUUCUGGGUCAAGGUUGCCUCAUGCUGGGCCUGCGUACUCCUCUAUCUGGGGCUGUUACUGGCACCACUCUGUUGGCCCCCCACCCAGAAACCCCAGCCCCUUAUCUUGAGGCGCCGCCGCCACCGCGUCAUAUCCCCAGAUAACAAAUAUCCUCCAGUCUAAGUCCUUUUCACAAACUGGGGUUCCCCUGACAUUGUACUCCUAGAGUUGGCUCAAGGGGAGCUGUCCAGCCCAGCUCAAUACCUCAAGGACACACGGGGAGUUAUCUCCGUUUGGGCUGAAGUCAAUA